AUACUUUUUGUCUAAAAAUUGUGAGUUGUUGUGGUUUCAAAACAAAUGAAAUGUGCAUAAAAAAACGUUUACAAAAUCAAUUCACAUAAUUGCAUUCGAUAUGAAGUAAAGACAUAUUUAUAUUUACAACUAAGUGAUUUUGCCAUAAAAGUAAAAAAACGUGUAUUCCAAUGAUCGUCCAAAUAAGGAAAAGUCUUGGUGAAAUUUCAAAUAUUUAUGUACAAAAGAAAAUAGUAAACAACGACAAUACAUGCGCAUUUUAUGUAUAGACCGUGUGUAUAGUAUAGCACAAAGAGAGAAAUUGUUGUCAUUGUGACGUGCAAAAGUCGGCAUUUUCAGUUCAAAUCAGCGGCAAGUGAGAGCAUAACAAAAGUCGAUAUAGGUAAAGAGAAAAAAACAACAGCAAUAGUCUGAAAUUCAGACUCUGAAUAUUAUUUGAAUAUUUUAAAAAAUCACGUCGCAAAAAAUUGGUGUUAUUAAAAAUGGUUGUGCGUCGUAAGUGCCCACAAGUGUAUUGGUCUCAGACCGAUAACGAUAUAAAAUUGGUUGUUGAUUUACUGUUAGAUGAUAUGAAACCGAAUAUCAAACUAAAGGAAAAAUUCCUAUCGUUGGAAGCGUAUGGCUUUGGCGCAGCCGACAACGGACCACACGAAUACUAUUUCGAAAUCAACCUUUUCGAAUCGAUAAAUGUAGAGCUGUCAAUGGACAAUAUUUCAAAUGCGGACUCGCAAUUGACGUUCCUUUUGAAGAAGGAAAAUCCAAAAAUUUGGUGGUCACGUCUCACGGCCCAGCCACAAAAACAAAACUGGAUUCAUAUUCAUAAAGAGACAUGGAUAUCAAGAAAUCAACCAAAUGAUGAGGCCGAAUAUCGUGAUAUUCGAGUUGAUUACCCGGGCAUUGAAGAUGUGGUACACCAAGAAGAAUUGGGCUAUCGAAAAGCUGGCCGAGUAACGGUGUACUUGAUUAUGUAUAAUUUGUAUCAGUUUAUCGCAUAUUUCUACAUUGUAUUGGUGUUGUCAAUAACAUUAAGCCGCGAUGGAUUUAGUGACGUUUCAAAGAUUACCUACCGAACCGUUGGCGUGGCCAUGCGAUACAGUCAAGCAUUACAGUAUUUUGAAUUCUUACACGCACUGGUCGGUUAUACAAAAGGAUCUGCCUUAUUUCCAUUUCUCCAAGUGACAGGACGCAAUUUUGUGCUAUUCGCCAUAAUCCAUGCGGAAAUUCGUAUUCAAGAGAUGCCCGUCGUGUUUGUAUUGUUUAUGGUGUGGUCUUUAGUUGAAAUAAUCCGAUAUCCAUACUAUAUUAUUGCACUAGUAAAAAAGGAUAUCCCUUGUCUUACAUGGCUUCGAUACUCCAUUUGGAUUGUUCUCUACCCGUUAGGCGUUUUGUGUGAAGGGACGAUUAUGCUGCGAAGCCUACCAUUUUUCGAAGAGACUAAACGAUUUUCAGUUGAAAUGCCCAAUAAAUGGAAUUUCACAUUCAAUAUGGUGUCUUUCAUGAAAUUCUACAUGGGACUCGUACUUCUGCCUGGGCUUUAUUUUGUCAUGAAACAUAUGACAAAACUUCGUGAAAAGAAACUCAAGAAACCAAAAAUUCAUCGCGUUAAUCAUAAAAAUGCUGUUCACUAUGACUAAACGGUCUCAGUUCACUUUUUUCGUACGAUCAAAACAAUUUUUGUGAAUCAAAUAACCAACUUUAAAGACUUAUACCCUUCCUUGCCUGGUAUAUAGAGGAGUAAUGUUCAUUCAUUUUAUUUGACAUUUACAUAGAGCGGUGGGAAACAUUCAAUAUUUGUAAUAACGUUAUAAUUAUGUUUAAAAUAAAUGAGUAUCAAUGAAA